CCCCUGAGAGCGAGAGACGGAGAGCUGUGAGUUGCUCGCCACUGAAGCCUGGCAUUUUGGGAAGAGAGAAGAAGAAAGGGUGGGGGACUAGAGAGCCAGUACGUUUCUAAGUAAAAACCCACCCACGCAAACUUCCCCAACCCCAUGGUCGGUGGCGGCUGCUGCUGCGUCCUGAGGCUGGAAGGGACAUCGGCUCUGUAUGGCCCCGGCUGUUGAUAUGACUUCUUUACAAAUCGGUGUCAAAAUCGAGGAGUCUCCUGUGUCUGCCUUCAGCAAGCCCGGCGGUGGGGGAGGCGGCGGCAGCAGUUCGGGAGGCGGUGGGGGAGGCCAGACUCCCAGCGCUUCGGCGGCCGCUAUGGGGGGAGAGGAGGAAGGCGAAAAGCCGAAAGUGCCCCCUUCUCUCCUGCCUUUCAGCGUGGAGGCGCUCAUGGCUGACCACAGGAAGCCGGGGCUCAAAGACGCCCUCCCCGGGCCCGACGGCCCCCAGGCCGCAGGAACUUCGUCUCAGUCCCUGGCCACCAGGGUCGGAUCCUUAAGCGCCGGGGCUGCCCCAGAAACGCCCGCUUCCCCACUGUCUCUCAACAGCCAUUUUUCGGUGGGAGGACUCAUAAAACUGCCGGAAGAUGCACUUGUCAAAUCCGAAAGCCCGGAGAAGCAGGAGAGGACCCCGUGGAUGCAGAAUUCCAGAUUUUCCCCACCUCCCCCUAGGCGGCUCAGUCCUCCGGCCUGCACUCUUCGCAAGCACAAGACCAACAGAAAACCUCGGACUCCCUUCACCACGGCGCAGCUGCUGGCUCUGGAGAGGAAAUUCCGCCAGAAGCAGUAUCUGUCCAUCGCAGAGCGGGCCGAGUUCUCUAGCUCCCUGAGCCUCACCGAGACCCAGGUGAAGAUCUGGUUUCAGAACCGACGUGCCAAGGCGAAGAGACUGCAAGAGGCGGAGCUGGAGAAGCUGAAGAUGGCAGCCAAGCCCAUGCUGCCCCCCGCUGCUUUCGGCAUCUCCUUCCCCUUGGGAGGCCCGGCAGCUGUGGCCGCGGGCGCUUCACUCUAUGGCGCUUCCAGCCCCUUCCAGCGGGCCGGGCUGCCGGUGGCGCCAGUGGGACUAUACACGGCGCACGUGGGAUACAGCAUGUAUCAUCUGACAUAAGAGAGGGGAGGAGGAAGAGGGGCCUGACCCCACCGGACCUCGAGCGGCCCUCAGCCAGGCAGCAGCGAGAGCCCUUGGAGCACCCACUGAAGGUGCCUGUUUCCAGGUUUCCCCCUCUCUCCCCCAACUCGAUUAUCCUCUCUCCCGCCCUCCCCCCCCUUCUCCUUUACCACAAGUGGCAGGAACAAUCCAUCCCCAUUAUCUCUUUGAUCCUUUUGAAACUCCCACGACCUUGACAUUCUCUUUCCCACUCUUCCCUUCUCUAGAAUGCUAAAGCUCUGGGAGGGAACUUAGAAAGUUUCUAGCUCUACCCCUUCAUUUUACAGAUGAGAUGGGGAGGAAAAAAACUUAAAUUUCAUCCAUAGAAGAGGGGUUAAGAGACCGGGUGUCUGUGAGAGAGAUGUUUCCCAAGUUAGAGACUUUGGUAGAGGAGUUAAGAAAAGUCUGGAAUCCUGGGCAAAAAUUGCUUUGGGGAAAAAUAAUGCAUAAUAGAUAAAUGAUAAAGGCCAGAUGAAAGGGAUCUCUUUCCUACCAACAUAUGAAUGAUUUCCACUUUCUAUUAAGCAACACCACUUGUUUCUUUCCCAAAUAGUCCCUUUGGAAGGGACUCUAUGUACUAUGUAAUAUAAUGUAUAUUUGAAAUUUUAUUAUCAUUUAUAUUAUAGCUAUAUUUGUUA